AUGAAGGAGAUCAAUUUCAAGGAAGAUCUGUCUUUCAUUCCUCCUAGUGUGGACUCGACUCGUCUCCUCUCUGGUGAAUCCUACGCCUAUUAUACGCCCUGUCCGGCAGCUAUCACGACCCACGCUUCAUCCACGGAAAACACGCCAUGCGUACUUGGUGUCGACGAGGCUGGACGGGGCCCCGUCCUUGGCCCAAUGGUCUACGGUGCUUUCUACUUGCCUAUCGAUUUGCAUCACUCCCUUCUGGCACAAGACUACAGCUUCGACGACAGUAAAGUCCUCACCCCAGGCGUGCGCGCCAACCUAAUGCGACUACUCAACACUCCGGGCAACAAAUUAUUCGAGUCAUGUGGGUAUGCGAUUAAGGUUCUGUCAGCGCGCGACAUUUCCUCGGGCAUGCUGAAGCCAGGCUCCGCCGUCUACAACCUGAAUGCGCAAGCUAUGGAUGCCACAAUUGAGAUCAUUCGAGGGGUGGUACAGGAUCGUUCGGUCAAUGUGCAAGAGGUGUACAUUGAUACUAUUGGAAACCCAGCGACAUACCAACAAAAGCUAGAACGGAUCUUUCCGUCUUUGAAGAUCACUGUGGCCAAGAAGGCGGACUCGUUGUACCCAUGUGUAAGUGCGGCAAGUGUGGCUGCAAAAGUGACGCGUGAUGUUGCGCUUGAGGUGCUAUACCAAGCCGUUCUACGUGCUCAGCAGUCUGGCGAGGAUGUAUCGAAUGCUCCAGAGGGGUGGGGCAGUGGUUAUCCCUCCGAUUCGAAGUGUGUCGGUUGGCUCCGAAGGAACAUGGACCCGGUUUUCGGUUGGGGCAACGAGUGUCGGUUCAGUUGGGGUACAGCUAAGGAGAUGUUGGAUGUGAAAGGUGGAGCCCUAGUAGACUGGCCUGAAGAAGACGAGGAAGGAAAUGGCCGGCUCGAGUUUCUGUUGACAUCUGGACCCGCAAAACCCUCCGGCCAAGAUGGACUACGAGAUUGGUAUGGGAGCAGACAAGCAGAAAUUAUAUGA